AUGGGCGUUUGGAAUAGGUUGCGGCCCCGUGUUGACUCUGGAGACAGUUCAGAUGUCGAUGCUACUGAGCUGAGAACUACCACUGACAAUGGAAAGAAUGGGCCAUCACCAGAAGAUGGCGUCAGUCCUAUUGCUGGGGACACCCUACCAGCAGACGAUGUCACUGAAGGUGUUAGGAACAUGGAAGCUAUCACACUCGUAUGGACCAAGAAGUCUCUCGUUACGCUCUUCAUCUGCAUCUGGUUCGUUUAUCUUCUCAACGCAUUUCAGAGCUCAACUGUUGGUAGCUUGGUACCCUACGUGACCAGUUCAUGGGGCGCUCAUUCUCUUCUCAACGUCAUUGAUGUGGUUGCGAGCUCAAUGACUGCUGCUGUGUUUAUCCCUCUAGCGAAGCUUCUUGAUCUCUGGGGUCGCGCCGAAGGGUAUCUUCUCAUGGUGGCGUUUGCUGAGUUGGGUCUCAUAUUGAUGGCUACGAGUACAAACCUGUCUAUUUACUGUGCUGCCAAUGUCUUCUACCAGGUCGGUUUCACAGGCCUCAUCUACAGCAUCGAUGUCGUGACCGCCGACGCAACCAAUCUCAAGAAUCGAGCUCUAGCCUACGCAUUCACAUCCUCUCCAUACAUGAUCUCUGCAUUCGCUGGAUCUUACGCUUCCCAGGAAAUGCUUGUCGAUAUUGGCUGGCCCUGGGGUUUCGGUACCUUCGCCUUCCUGACACCAGUCAUUUGUGCACCUUUGUACAUUCUUCUCAAAGUCAACUUGCACAAGGCCAAGAAGAACAUUCUACCUAAGAAGGCCAGCGGUAGGACGUUGAAAGAGAGUGUAUGGCACUAUCUACUCGAAUUUGACAUUCUCGGCGUUUUCCUCUUCGCGACCGGCUUGAUCAUAUUCCUCCUCCCAUUCAACAUCGCCGCGACAGCCCCCAACGGUUGGGCAACGGGUUACAUCAUCGCUAUGAUCGUCGUCGGUUUCGUCCUCCUUAUCGGUUUCGCCGUCAACGAAGUGUACAUCGCGCCUGUUCCUUUCCUCAAGUUCCACUUCCUUGCCGACAGAACACUAGUGGGUGCGUGUUUACUAGAUCUGACAUAUCAGAUUUCGUAUUAUUGCUGGAACAACUACUUCACAUCUUUCCUUCAAGUCGUCAACUAUCUUUCAGUAUCUGAAGCUGGUUAUGUCAACAACACCUUCAACGUGGUAUCUGGCUUCCUCUUGUUCCUUGUGGGAUGGGGUAUCAGGAAGACUGGCUACUUCAAGUGGCUUCUUUGGAUCGGCGUACCACUUUACAUCUUUGCUCAGGGACUGAUGAUAUACUUCCGUAGUCCAACGGGGUACGUCGGGUAUCUCGUCAUGACACAGAUCUUCAUCUCGGUCGGGGGCAGUGUCUUCACCAUCUGUAUGCAACUCGCAGUGUUGGCAGCAGUUGACCACCAGCAUGUUGCCGCAGCCUUGGCCAUGUUGAACGUGACUGGUACAGCAGGCGGAAGUAUUGGUUACACUAUUUCUGGCGCCAUUUGGACAAAUACGUUUGAGAAGGCGUUGCGAAGAUAUCUACCGUCCAAUGCACUAAAUAACCUUGAAGCCAUCUAUGGCGAUCUUGAUACCCAGUUGAGUUAUGCAAAGGGAACUCCCGAGCGUAUCGGCAUUCAGAAAGCGUACGGGUAUGCCCAAACCAGAAUGUUGGCUGCUGGAACGGCGAUUAUGGCUUUAUCGUUUAUUUGGGUGGCACUGAUUCGGAACUUGAAGGUGUCAGAAAUGAAGCAGACAAAAGGAAACGUGUUCUAA